AAGCAAGCAAGAAGAAGAAUAAGAACAACAACAACAACAAAUAAUCUACAGACGGAAGUAAGUUUACUCAACAAAAAGAAGAAAAACACAGCAGCAAUCGAACGAGCGGCGGCAGCAGCAGCAACAGAAAUACAACAUUACGACAGCAGCAACACCGCAUGCACCAUCAUAUCCACCACGGCAAUCAACUGAAUCGUAGAAGUGUGGGGACAAAAACAGCAGGCCAUAUGUGAUUCACACAUAUUCACUCACUCACUCACUUGAUUGUGGGGCAAAAGAAAAGUGCAUUAAGUGGAAAGAAUUUAAUAAUAAAACCAACAAGAACGUCGUGACAACAACAAAAAGGAACACAAUUUGUUUAAAAAAAGAAAAAGAGAAAUAAUUGAAGUCUCUCAAUUUCGUGGCUCUUCUUCUACGCUCAAUCAAAACUGCAAUACACUGCACUCAUAUGAAGAGUAGAAGUACUCUCUUGCUCUCUUAAAGAUUGCUGAGCCGCAGCAGCUGGCACAGAAGUGUACAAAAAGAGGAAUUCAAAUUGCUGAGUGGCCAAAAUCACACAAAAACAAAACGUAAAAAAAAAUUGCAAAAUUUUGAAAUACUUGACUCCCCAACCGGCAGUUGAUUUUGCAGUUUUCGAAACAAAUCUAAGCCGGAACUUUCUUCUCUCGCUGGUUCGCGCGCCUUCCCCGCUGCCUAGCGUACAGCAACAAAUCGUCAAACACAGCACAAAGUCAGCGUAAGCGUAAACGCAAGUUAAAAGAAGAAGCAAAAGAAAAUAAGCCCACCUUUGGUAGUGGAGAGAAGUUAUGUGGUAGUCAGUCUCCCCCUUUAAUUCCAUAGAAAGGUAGGCGAUUUUUUCUUGCCUUCUUGCCUUUUUUUCGCUUGUUUCUACUUGACUUGUGGGUUGUUGUUUUUGUUGCUGCUUUACAAGGAAUAACAACAAACAAAACGAAAUCCCAGCAGCAGUCACAUUUGUAGCGUUAAAAGCUCUUGCCACUGCCAUUGAUUGCAUUGCUCGGCACUGCAUUAAUUUCUGCUGAAUUGGAUUGGAUAGGCGCAACGUAAGUGAGAGUCUGUUAACGUGUGCGUGUGUGUCAUAUGUUCUUUGUACAUCAUAAUAAUUUUGCUACGUAUAUCCGCUUCCGCAUUGUGAGUGUUGUUGGUUGGCUUCAUUCUAGCGAAAGAAAAAAAAUAGAAUAGAAAAAUAUACCCCCAAGACAAGGGAACAGUGCAAAAGCCAGAAUACUGGAUAGGCCAACGUACAAAAUUACACACCAAGGAGAAUUCACACACACACACAACACUUGUUGUCCUUCCCCCUCACCAAAGGCUAGGGAGCGAACCAGAAGACAACUUACAACAAUAAGAAAGAAGUUCAAAUUACAAAACUGCGUCGAUAGUAAACAGUAUUGCUUUAAAUCUGUGACUGUCCUCUUCCGCAACGUCCACAUCAAUGUUUUCCAUAUGAUUGUCACAAGGAAUAAUUAUCGAGGACUUUGACGUGAAAACAUAGAGAAACAAAUUUCCAAAUUGUGGCAACCAGUUCAAAAUGAAAAUGCUUCCGGUACAGUUAUCAUUGAAUCCGCCUUUAGGCCUAUGGAGCGAUAUGCUCUGGCGUUGCCCACCCGCACCGCCCAGCCAAUUGGCUGAGCUGAAAACACAGUUGCCACCCUCACUGCCCUCGGAUCCGCGCCUCUGGAGUCGCGAAGAUGUGGCCGUGUUCUUGCAUUUUUGCGAACGUGAGUUCGAUUUGCCCAAAGUCGAUUAUGAUCUCUUUCAGAUGAAUGGCAAGGCAUUGUGCCUGCUGACACGAGCUGAUUUCGGACACCGUUGUCCGGGAGCUGGCGAUGUACUGCACAAUGUCCUGCAAAUGUUGGUGAUCGAAUCGCACAUGAUGCAAUGGCAUUUACCAAAUAGUCCUGUCACCCCAACCAGCCGUUAUCCCCUGUCGCCGCACAGUCAUCCACCCACCCCGACUUGGCCGCCCAUUGGGGCGCCAGAAAGUGCCUUCCAUCAGACCUCACACUUAGCCCCACACCAUUUUAUGGCACCGAAUUCGGUGACGCUAAGUCCCCCGCCUUCAGUAGACUCACAAGCCAGCAGCCCGCCCCAGAGCCAUGAUCAAGCGCAACAAGCACAGAAUGGAUCAUCCUCGUCAUCGUCGUCGUCCUCAUCAUCGUCGUCGACCCACAACAGCAAUAGCAGCAGUAGUAGCAGUAGUACAAGUAGCACGGGCAGCUCUUCAGCAUCGGCUUCGGCUAAUGCGGCGGCGGCGGCAGCAGCAGCAGCGGCGUUGAGCGCCAGCAAUGCUUUCAGUGCCUUAAAGCAGCAGCAGCAACAACAACAACAGCAGCAACAGCAACAACAUAAUGCCACCAGUGCCAGUAGCCAUCAUUCGGACUCGGAUGAAGAGAGCUAUUCCGAACCUCCCGCAGCAAACAGUACAAUUGUGAACUUCUCCGCCCAUUCUUACCCCGCGGCAGCAGCUGCAGCAGCCGCCGCCGCGGCUGUGGCCCAAUACAACAACAGUCCGCCCACAACCCCCAUACUCAAGGAUAUGCCACAAAGCCUGAAGCAGCAAAUCAAAAACAACUUUGUCAACUCAUGGUCUCAGCAACAGCAGCAGCAACAACAACAGCAGCAGCAUCAGCAACUGGCACUCGAACAACAGAAGCUGCCACAGCUUGGAGGUGGUUCGGUCUCGGCACCUACCACACCCAGUUACAUGCAACCAGUGAAGCGGGAGUUCUUCCCCGACAAAACCGACAAUCGGUAUAUGCAACCAGUAAAGCGUGAAUUCUUCCCCGAAAACACAGAACCCAAUACAAAUGGCCGCUUGUUGUGGGACUUUUUACAGCAAUUGCUCAACGAUCGCAAUCAAAAGUAUAGCGAUUUGAUAGCAUGGAAAUGCCGCGAUACUGGCGUUUUCAAAAUAGUCGACCCUGCCGGUCUGGCCAAGUUGUGGGGCAUCCAAAAGAAUCAUUUGUCAAUGAACUAUGACAAAAUGUCACGUGCCUUGCGCUACUAUUAUCGCGUGAAUAUUUUACGCAAAGUCCAAGGCGAACGGCAUUGCUAUCAAUUCCUAAGGAAUCCAACCGAAUUGAAAAAUAUCAAAAAUAUUUCCCUGCUCCGCCAGUCGGUGGGCCAACAAAAUACGGGCAACAACAACAACAACAAUGGUGGUGGCACGACCUCCAAUAACUCACCGUCGGCUGCCAACCAAUCAUCAUCGUCAUCCAUUACGAACUCACCAACCUCUAAUGGUACAAAUUGGGCUAUGCCAGCUCAAGGAUCUUUGCAACAUCCUGGUGCUGGGCAACAGCAAACACCACAAAGGCCUUCCUCGCAAGGCAAUCAAAAUCAUUUGACUUUGCCCAAUGGUAUGUCGACGGCAGCAGCCGCCGUUGCCGCAGCGGCCGCCGUAGCCUAUGGGCCACCGCCAUCGUCGCCACUAUUUAUGCAUGCCAUAAAUGGUGCCUUCCACUAUUUGUCUUCGAAUGGUGUGCCACCAAACUCGCCGGCCGCCUUGCCCACUACACCCAAUGAGAAAUUCCAAUUUAAUGUAAUGAAAACAGAACAAAAUUCAGUGUCACCACAUGAAAAUGGUGGAGGUUCCGAAGAAAUGAAACCCACCGAUUUAAGUGUUAGCGGUAGCAGUAGUAUCGAGAAACGGCCUUAUUCCAGCCCAUCGGCAAACGACGAUUGUUAUCCACUGAUACGAAACGCUGAUGGAUUAACUACAAUUAAAUUAAUACGCUACAAUGAAAACGAAGGCGGAGGAUCAGCUCAAAAUUCGUCGGCUGCCAAUGACAACAACAAUGACAAUCAGCAACAUCAACAGCGAAAUACACCAACACCUAUGGACAGUGAAACAAGCGAAAUGGAAUCCAGUCCCACUCACGAUAACAUGGGUGCCACAGAUCUAAGAAAAUAAUUGGAAAACUAAAGGCAGGGAAAAAAUAUCCUGGCUAGAAGAUAGUAACAACAACAACAAUAAAAACAUAAUAGCGACAAUCACCAAGAACAUUAUCACAAUGAUAACAAACAACACAACAUACUAUCACAUACAAGUAAAACAAAGACCAUAGCGACAGAGAGAAUGGAAUGUAGUAGCAUAACUGCGCCUGCCGCCGUCGCCGCCUGCCCGCUCUUGGACUAUGAAAAUACCUCAAAUGAAUGUUGUGAUUUGUCUUAAGGCAAAGAAUAAGUCGUUGCAUAUUAAAAAAAAAAAAAAACGGCGAGUGAAGAACAAAAGUUUAUGGUUUUUGAAUUUGUAUGUAAUUGUUGAAACAACAACAACAACAUCAUCAAAACAAAUUAGAAAACUAAGAAAUGUGCCAAUUUAGACGUUUAUCUUUUUUUCUUACAUUUAUGUACAAUAUAAUAAUAAUACCUACCCACAUAUAUUAAACAAAACAAAUUAGUACUUUUUUAAAUACAACAACAAAAAUGCAAAUAUCUCUGCUAUGCGAGAGGGAUAAAUCGUUUUAUCACUUUUUACCCAUUGUCCUCUCGCCACUGUUCAUACAUACAUACAUAUAUCCAUACUCUGUCUGCCUCUUCUCUCCAUCGUACUAUUGUUAGCGAAAGAAGUCGUAUGAUAAUAUGACACUCAUGGGUUUCAAAGCAAAACGCGACCUACUGUUUUUUGUUUCUUUGGAGAAAAAAACUUUAAAUUUUUUAAACAUCUCUAAUGAGAAAAAUAUUGUUAAUUGUUAAAAUGGUAUCACGCAUACAAACAUAUAUGUGUGUAUAUGUAAACAACCAUGUAUUGUAUUCAUUACAAACAAAGCUUUUGAACAGCUUUAAUCAAAUUUGAACUUCUUCUAAGGAAAUAAACAAAACAAAACAAAAGUAAUAAUUGCAAACAAAAUGUGAUAGCAAAAAUUUAUGAAAAAAGUAAAAAAUUAUGAAAUGAUUUAGAGCUAAAAACCACACACACACACACUCACACAAAAACAAAAGUAAAAAACCACAAACAGAAUCAAACAAAAACAACUCUUAAUGAACAUAUCUUCAAGAGAGCAGAGCAAAGAGUCUCUCACUCUCAGCUAAAUUGAAUUAUGCAUUAUGACUUCUUCUUUCGUUAUGUUUUUGUUUUUGUUUUGUUUCUUUGUGCUCAUGAAGUCGAUUUUUUCAAGCUUAGCUUGGCUGCCUGCACUUCAUCAUUCUAGACGUUGGUGAACUUAUUUUUAGAGUUUGUUUAAUGUUUUGUUUUUAGAAAAAGGAGAAAAAUCAUUUCAUAUUGUUUUAAAACACUCUUCCUCCCUUGGCUUCCAUUAAGAGUAAUAUCUUUUUUUUUACAUACAUAUACAUUUAUUAUAUAUACAUUUUUGUAACAAACUUUAGCAGAAAAAGAAAAAUCUGAUAAAAAAUUGCUUUAAUAUUUUCUUCAACAUACUUUUUUUUAUUAAAAACAAAAAAGAAAACCAACAACAAACGUAUUUAUCUUAAAUUUUUUUAUAGGUUAACUGUUUAUUUUUUUAAC